CACACUGAGAAGCCCACCAUUGAGCCAUAAAAUGGACAUCUGGAGAAAAGGGACCCUCUUGCUGUUUCUUAUAGGAAUGUUGGUGAAGCCUGGUCUGAGCACUAUGAUCCUGGAUCAGCCACCAAGGACUGUGGAAGUUCAUCUUGGUUCCUCUCUUGCCCUGAACUGCAGUUUUAAGCCCCAAACUCGUGUCAAGGUGAACUGGUAUUUCAGCCGAACUGGCCACUCAAGCUGCAGCUCUGAUAUAAAACUGAACAUCAGUACCCAUUCGGCUGACAAAACUGUGAAGCCUGAUGCUGGGGGUCAUGUAUCUAAAGAACCUGGAAAGAGUUGGUCCAGAUUAAUUCUUAAAGAUGUUACACACAAUAACAGUGGAUGGUACUUUUGCCGUGUCACAGUAGAGAUUCCCGCCCUUCAACAAGCAUGUAGCAAUGGAACUCAAGUUAAUAUAACGGACAGCCAGGUAGAAAGUACCACUUAUACUACAUUGAUGACAGUAACUCUGUCUCACCCUUCCAAUGGGGGUCUGCUUGUAGACUGGAGGCUGUGGGUAGCAGUGGGAGCAGCGAGUGCCAUACUUGUCACACUUCUAGUGGUCAUCUGGAUCUUACUACAACGAAGGGGAUGCAAGAGCAUAGAGAAUGCUAUCUAUAUGAAUAUGCAUCUACCAAGAUCUGCAAUAAAACAGCCCUCUCCGCGUCCAGGAAUACAGAUGGACAACCAGAAGAUUCCUCCUCCUUUAAAACACACCAGGACCCCAGCCACAGCCCAUGACAGCAAACAUCUCAGGACCCCAACUCCAGCCAGGGCAAAUGACAACAAACACCUCUUCAGGACCCCAAACCCACCCAGGGCCCAUGACGGCAAACACCUCACAAUCCCAACUCCAGCCACAGCCCAUGACAAUAAACACUUCAGGACCCCAACUCCAGCCAGGGCCCAUGAAAGCAAAUACAGCCCAAAACCCUAAUACUUUUUAUGUUCCCAAUUAAUCAUAUUUCCUCUACUGAAAUUAUCUCAGCAAGUAAUUUUUUAUCUCUUGUGUUGUGAGUGUAGUUUGACUCUGUCCUAACCUCUAUUACAUAUUUUUUGUUGUGUAAAUAUUAUUCUCAGGGUAAUUUAAAGUUACCCGAGUUCUGUAAAGCUUAAUUUAGCAAUAAGGAAAAUAAGUGCUAUUUUCUGGAAUGUACAGUCUUUUGUAUCGGUAGCCUUUGUAAAAAAAGAAAUGUC